GAUCCUUUUAAAAAUUGUCAUGGCAGCAUUCAGCAGAGGCAAACGGAUCUCUGUGAUUUUGAGACCAGCCUGGUCUCACAGGGAGUUCUAGACCAGAUGGGAUACAUAGUGAGACCCUGCUUUAUGAGUAGAUAAACAGAGCUUGUGAAUUUUAGGUCACUCUGGCUCUCACCACGGACACCUUGCUCAGAGGGCCUCUGAGUCUGUGGGUUGCACUCACCCAAUCUUGAUUCUUGUCUCUGACCAAUGCCUGUUCAUGCCUCCCUUGACUUCUCUCUUCCCAUAUCCACAGGUGGUCAUCAUGGGUCAGUGCUACUACAAUGAGACCAUCGGCUUUUUCUAUAAUAACAGUGGCAAGGAGCUCAGCCUUCACUGGCGCCCCAAGGAUGUGGUGGUGGUGGCUCUGGGGCUGACAGUCAGUGUACUGGUGUUGCUCACCAAUCUGCUGGUGAUUGCAGCCAUCGCCUCCAAUCGGCGCUUCCACCAGCCCAUAUACUACCUGCUCGGCAACUUGGCUGCCGCUGACCUCUUCGCUGGCAUGGCCUACCUCUUCCUCAUGUUCCAUACUGGCCCACGAACCGCCAGGCUCUCCAUCAAAGGCUGGUUCCUGCGACAGGGCCUGCUGGACACCAGCCUGACGGCAUCAGUGGCCACACUGCUGGCCAUCGCUGUAGAGCGGCACCGGAGCGUGAUGGCUGUGCAGCUACACAGCCGCCUGCCCCGGGGCCGUGUGGUCACACUCAUUGUGGGUGUGUGGGUGGCUGCUCUGGGCCUGGGGUUGCUGCCUGGACACUUCUGGCACUGCCUCUGUGACUUGGACAGCUGCUCACGAAUGGUGCCCCUGUUCAGCCGCUCCUACCUGGCUGUGUGGGCCCUGUCCAGCCUGCUUGUCUUCCUGCUCAUGGUAACGGUCUACACACACAUUUUCUUCUAUGUGCGUAGACGGGUGGAACGCAUGGCGGAGCAUGUCAGCUGCCAUCCCCGCUACCGAGAGACGACGCUCAGCCUAGUCAAGACUGUUGUCAUCAUCCUGGGGGCAUUCGUGGUGUGCUGGACACCAGGCCAGGUGGUGUUGCUCCUAGAUGGUCUGGACUGUAAAUCCUGCAAUGUCCUGGCUGUGGAGAAGUACUUCCUGCUCCUGGCUGAGGCCAACUCACUGGUCAACGCAGUGGUGUACUCCUGCCGAGAUGCCGAGAUGCGCCGCACCUUCCGCCGCCUCCUCUGCUGCAUGUGCCUCCGCUGGUCCAACCACAAAUCUGCCCACUCGUCUUCUGCCCAGAUGGGUGCCAGUACCCGAAUCAUGCUUCCUGAGAAUGGCCACCCGCUGAUGGACUCCACCCUUUAGCUUCCUUGGACUGAGGCAGGAGACGGGCAGCCGGAGCGUCGUCUUCCGCACCCCAAGGCCACUUGUAGUUCUCCUGACUCCAUCCAGCCCAGCAGAUGCAUGGCCCCUCCAUACUCCCCAAGCCCACAGAUCUGCCUGCCUCUGGGCACAGGGAUUUGGGGACAUCUCAUUUGGGGACACAUGGGAGAGCAUCCAAAGGGGCUUGGCAAUCUGACUCUCAAUCAUCUCAGGUUUUAGUUGUUUGGGUUUUUUUAACAGAUGUUUUCAUAGUUUUACUGAAUAUCUCUGGCAUGUCCUGUGGACUGGUUCUUCCUACGCGGUGCUGUAGGUGUUCAGGGGGGGAGGUGAGAGCUGCCCCAGGCUGCACCACCCACUGUUAGAGGCUAUAGGUGUGACAUCUUCCUGAGGCUAGUUUGUGUUUGUUUUUUUUUGAGACAGGAUCUCAUGUAGCCUAGGCUGACCUUGAACUCACUGUAUAGUUGAGGAUGGCCUUGAACUCCACCUCCCAAGUGCUGGUACUGAAGCUGACUCCUUGGGAGUGUUGAGCAGCCUCUGAAGGCUCACCUGCCUCUAUUAGUAUGGAGGGACCACAUUGUACAGGGCAAGCCUUUCCACUCUGAGGCUGCCAGGGUUGUUUGGUUGGUUGGGGUUUUUGCCAUUAAUUCAGACAAUCUGCCCCUGUGUCCUGGAAUUAUCUAUCAUGGCUCAGAGCUGUCGAGAAUCCUUCGACAUGGAAUCCCCUGGCCCUGAUCUCAUUCCUAUUCUGCACCC